AAAAAGUAAAAUAAACAAGAAAAUAUUGAGUGAACUAACGAUCACAAACAUUCAGAGUAAGCACACAAAUAUAGAUAUAUCAAUAACAGGGAAUUUGCCAUGAGGUUUAUUUUCUGAAGUUGGCUGUGUGUUUGGACAUUUUACUGUAUGACUGCACACUGCAGAGAGUUCUCAGAAUGGACACAAUCCAAAUGUGUUUCUUGGCCCUCAACCUUGUGCUGGACCUAGCCUGUGUUUGGAGUCAAUCUACAGUCCAUACUUGCUCAUCCACAAUGUUCUAUGGAGAGACAUGUGGAUCUCAGCAGCUGGCUAACAUGGCAGAGCAAAUGACCCAAAUACAGAGUGUCUUGUCAGAGGUGCUAGUAAAAGUGACUGACCAGUCACAUGUGAUAGAGCAACAACAUAUGAAGAUAGAAGAACUAACGAGGAGACUAGAUGGACCAGUUAGCACUGAAGGGAGAUCAUCCUGCGCAUUGUGCCCAAAGGACUACUAUGGGCCUAACUGCACAGUUCACUGUAUAGCACAGGAUGACUGCCAGGGUCACUACAAAUGCCACUGGGCAGAUGGAUCAAAGGUGUGUUUAUCUGGCUGGGGAGGAGAGGAGUGUGAUGUGUUCACUGGCAAUGAUAGCUGCCCUGUAGUGAUGAGACAUGGGGAGGAUUUAGCAGGCAUUGCCUCUUCUCUGCUGAAUGGUGAUGAUCCAGUUCCUGACAGUGCAUUCACAGCCUCAUCGUAUGAUACGUCAAACAGGAAAGGAAGACCAGAAUAUGCCAGACUGGAUAGAGCAGCCACAUGGAAUACACAGGGAGGCUGGGUUGCAGCUUCAACACAUGGAAGUCAGUGGGUACAGGUUGAUUUGAACAUGCUGAGUAGUGUACAUGGGGUAGUGACACAAGGGGUAGAUAGCUCAGCACCCCCUAUCACGAUGACCUCAUACUAUGUGGGUUACCACGCACAACUGGGGGCCUCAGCUGAUGACAUCAAGAUAUACUCAGACACUGCAGGAGAGCCAACUGUGUUUCAGGGGACAGCUGAUACAAGCAGUAAGACAACUCACAACUUCAGGUUUCCAUUUGUGGCAAGGAUCAUUAGGAUCACAAGCAGAGUAUUCCUCAACAAACCUGGACUUAGAUUUGAUGUCAUUGGAGCGCCAUUAGGUCUAUCAGGCAAUUGGCUGGGUGAGAUAACAUGUGAUGGGGUCACCAAUGUGGUUCAACUACCAAUAGAACACAACACAGAAGGGUUCUACCACUCGAAGCCUUUCUUGUUCCAUUUCACCAAGAAGACUACAGGCUACAAAGAGGAACUUUUUGGUUACCUUGAAAUCCUGGCACCAACUACACUCACUCUACCCACUAAAGGAAGCCUCCAAGCAAAUGGUGAGCUUGAAUAUGCAUUCAAUCUUGAACUGUCUCAAGACCAGCAAGGCCUGAUUGUCACCAGCAGCAUGUGUGACACAGCCACUUUAGACAGGCAUAUAGAAUUAGGAGGACCCUGUCUGAACAAAGGAAAAUGUAUAACUACAGGGGAUAUGUUGACAAACUGGUACUGCUGCUGCAUUAAUGGUUUCCAAGGUAACCAUUGUGAAACAUCCCAAACAAACUGAGGAGGUCAAUGAGACUAUAAAAAGCUAACCCGAGGACUUCUAAUUUGAGCAAAUGUUAAAUUCUUUAUUUUACAAUGGUAAUCAUAUAGACUCAUAUUUUAGUCUUUAAGGGUCUAAUCAUGCUUCUGUAUAAUAGUGGUCAAAUGCAUACUGAAACUCAUAUAUUGGCUACCAAGAAUUGAUGGUGCAACAUGUAAACUCAAAGUGGGAAAUGUCUAUAUGAGUGAUAUAAAGAACUAACAACAUGACAAAUGCAAUUACAAAAGUGUUACAAAUGCCAAUGUCCAAGUCAAGUCAGAAAAAACUGGCUAUAACAAUGUCACCAUCAUCAUAUCACUUUAAUUAAAGGUCAUUAUCUAUUACAAGGACCCUGGUGUCCAAACUAGUAUACUAUGGGGUAUAACUUUGGCAUAAACUGCUUUAUUUCAUACUUAAGUGGGUUUCGGGUAGAUAUCACUCGGGAAUAUAUAUCAUAUCUGAGGAGCGGGCAGGAUAUAUUGUAUAUGUCCCGCUCCAGGCCAAAUGCGG